AUGAAGAUGCCUGUUGCGCUGUUCUUUCUUCUGUAUCAAGCAGCUUUCCACUGCACCGUUUCCGCAGAUCUCCUGUCGGAAUACGCUCAUCAUGCGGUUUUGGACACAGCAGAGAAAAUAAAACUCUUCUGGACCAUUGACUGGGACGCUGAAAGCGUUUCUUUUGCCUUGGAGGCGGCCACCACAGGAUGGGUUGGAUUUGGAUUCUCUGGUCGCUCUGGGCAAAUGGUUGGCAGUGAUGUCGUGAUCGGAUGGGUCAAAGAUAACAAGGGAUAUCUUACGGUAAGUGAAAAAAAUCUGAAUUAAGAGCGAUCUGCAUUCAACGCCCUUUCGUAUCUCCGUUUGCCACCGGCAAUAAAUGAACAAAGGAUGCAUUCCGUGAACGUUAAGUCGCUAAGACAACUUCGUUGAGUGCGAAGUCGUGGAAAAGUGAGAAUUUUGCUUCAAGAUCUCAAGCUCCGCGGUAUCUUUAGGAACACCUGUUUUCAAAUGAGUCGUGCUGUCUUCGUUUUCGUGAAUCGGAGAGAUUUGGUAUAAAAUAUUAUGUAACAUGUUUUUCAUUACAACCAAAGAUAAACAAACUCAAUCUUGUUAAUCCGCCUUGUUUUGCAACAACACCUGCUAACAACAGCAACAAAAAAUUUAAUUCAGUAUAAGCUAGCCUGUAAACAAGGUCUGCAUUUGCAAAAUGAGGGUCUAAUAUAUCGAGACAGUGAUUAAAAGUGUUAAAGUACGCCCCCCACCAAAAAACAAUAUUUUGAAUUAUUUUUAGUGUUUCUUUUAUUUACGCAAAAGUGUGCAAGGCUUAUUAUACUCGGUUUGAUUUGGUUGAGAGAUUUCAAAAACGCACGUACCGGCCGUUCAGUGAUUUUAAUAGUAAGAUUCAUCUUUUGUUGAAAUAUGCGCUUGUUCAUAUUAAUUGAACGCGCUGGUAAAACAAAGGAUAAGUUCCGUUCACCUUAAUUGACUUUUACGUGACCAAACAAAUCCUUUCCAGAAAAAACAAAGUUUCGCCUGGAACAUACUGUUUUUGUUAAUCUUCUACAUGUACCUUCUCAAGAUCUUAUUUGUCUUUGAGUUGGCUUGCGUUUUUGGUGACAAAAACCCUGUCCAUCGGAAUCUCCUGAUCAAGCCAUUUAUAUUAGUUAUACUUCAUUAAGUAGGAUCGAUAACAACUGAUUGAAACUGGUUGCCAUGUAUUCCGUGUAAUUAUAUUUGUCCGCUAAUUAGUUAUAUUGCAAAAUUCGUAAACAACUUUGAGUCAAUCUAUUGAAGAGGCGGAACAAAUUAGUAUUGUUAAUUAUUCCUACAGGAAGCUUUUAAACGACAACUUGUUCAAUGUGCAAAAGUUGACCACUUGUACGUUUUGAAGUAACGAUAGUGUGAAUCAGGAACAUAUAUGUAUUAUACAUUCUUUGCAAUUUUUAUAUCUCUCUGACUAUUUUGUUUUGACUGAACACUAACUGGACUUACUGUAAGUGAAUUUUACGCCAUAAGCUCGAGGGAAAAUAUGAUAAUAUUUCUUACAGCCAAUCGGGUUUUUACUGACGUAGGACUAAAUUUCGAAUGAUUUAGAUUGGCACCUGUCGCGUCAAGUCAGGAUAAAAGGAGUUACAACAGGCUUUUGUCAGAGGGAAAAGUUGAACAAGCAAGUGUGAAAUUAAGUUGUCUGUAACAACGCUGCAACUUUAGAAGAAAUACUGCUUGCUGAACUAUCAAUUGAAAGUACGUGUGUCUUUUCUGUGAAGUCGGCCCGGGAACUAGUCCCUUCAACUGGGUUCGGACUUUUCACAUUGGUGCACCCGAGGAAACGUAGCGGAGCCGUUUCAAAUUUAUUUAGUUAUAACAGCAAACAAUGGCAUGUACAGAGCAAACAGUGCGAAUUUAAUAAGAAAAAUAAAAAUGCUGAUAAAAAAAAAACAUAAGCAUGACCGGAGGGGGUCCUAUAUGAAAGUGACAGAGAUGCUAGCCGGCUCGCUUAUGAAUUACAGGUUUCGAUGCCCUGGGGUAUUCAGGACAGAAAGCCCGACAUUUUAACCCGUUAAGGUAUUCGGUGGUAAAAACAAGUUAUGGAAAGUAAUUGAUCGAUUGAACCUAGUGUGUCAAUCCAUUCUGGGCGAUUUUGACCCUUAAGAAGGGUGCUAGCCUGCGAAAAAAGCCGUUUCGCCUCGCUUCUCGCGUUUCGUUUCGUUUGGUCGAUUUUGGAAAAGUGUUUUGUUCAUCUGCGAACAAGCUCCAGCAAAACUCAAAUGCUUCUGGCGAGAGAGGAAUAUAUUUCACUGUUCCGUUACAGAUUCUUCGCGUUUAUAUUGACCUUUGAAGCCUUUUGUCCUUUUUCUGUCAUUCGUAAACAAUAGCUGAAACAAUUAUGUAACUACUCCGUUUUCCAAUGAGCUUUUAUGACCGGAUUCCGGACAGAUUUUACGUCACCAGUAUGGAAUUUCUUUGGCUGAGUCGCAGAUGUCCUCCUCGCGAAACGUCCCCAGCUGCGAGGAGCGAGAAGAAACGGCUGUUUUUGCAGGCUAGAAGGGUGCCUAAUCCCCUCUUACAUACACAAGUAGGGCUAUAUAUGGGCGGUUUCAUCCUGACGUCAUUGUUUACAUGUUUGCUUAUUAGCAUAAGAGUUAACCCAUAGAAGAUAUAGCCAUAUAAACCAGUUAGGUGCAAAAAUUAAAAGAGCUGGUUAAGUUAUGCAUUUUGUGCAGGUUUCCGCUCUUUGCAAUCAGUAACAAAGAAAAUAGGAGCAAAUAAAAACUGCACAAUUUCUGGGUGGCAAGAUGUUAAUGAUCUCAUGCAUAAAUUCUUUGGGGUUUUUCAAAAAAAAUUUCUCCGAAACUAUUUGGUAUAUCGGGCUCAAAUUUUUAGAGAUAACCGAUAUUGUUUUGUUCUUUCAAUAUUCAGGAAUUUCAUUUUAUUAGCUUCAUUAGAUAAUGAUAAACCUAUGCUAAUGAGGCAAAAAAAUGUAAACAAGGAUUCGCCUUUUCACACGCCUACGCGAUCCUAAAAUGACAAGGAAGAGGUGAAUUAAUGCGCUCUUUACCAGCUGCCGCUGUUUUUGCUUGUUUGUCUGUUUGUUUGUUUUUGUAGGCGGGGGUGGAGGGGAGGGUGAGGUCAUGCCCGCGUAAGCAAUAAGUCCAACGAAUGCUAAAAUUUAUGUUACUCUUUUUCUUUCUCUAUGUUAUCCCAUUUUAAUAGAAUUAGAAAACAUGUUAGUAAACUAAUGUACUUCAUCUCUUCCUCUUACCCCGUUGUUCCGAAGGAAAUAGUUAGCUAAUUGUUUUUCAACACUUUCGAACAGAAGUCGAAGGUCAACUAAACUUGCUCAUCACAGUUCGCAUGGUACCGUCGUUUGUUAACGUUAAGGUGUUGGUUUUGUUUCUUUCACCCCCUUUGACGUUCUUCGGGUUACUAUCGAGGUACCCGAAUUUAUACCUGACAAAAACCUGCCCUAUACCAGCCUGCUUGUAGAUAUUUGCUGUUUCUUUGCUGGAAACAUCAGACGUGCCCAGGCGUCUUCACACAGGUUAGCACCGAAAGAAUGGAAAAUUUAUCAGUUACGAAUUUAAAUUACUUUCACAUGGUGAGGUGUACUUUCCUGACGUUAUGAUGCAUAUCUGUGAUUACUGUUAAUGGCAAAUUGCACUCAAAAUACCUUUUUUUUGCAGGAUCGUUAUGCUGACGAAAAAGCAAUUCCACCUAUCGACGAGCAGCAAGAUUAUAAACUUGAAGGUUUCCAAGAAAGCGACGGGAAAACGUUGCUGAAAUUUACGAGAAAAUUUGACACGUGCGAUCCACGUGACAGAAAACUUGAGGUACGUGUUUUAUUUUUACGCAAUACUUUCAGUGGGGCGGGCAUUAUGUAUAGACUAGACCGUGGCCAGAAAUCAUCGGCCAGAUCACAAAGCACUGACACACUUUUUAUGUGUGCAAUUAUCUGAUUAAACAGUCUUUUUUGUUUGUCUGACCGACAUUUUAUGAUAAUAUACCUUUUUCAAAAACGAAAAGGCAAAAUUUUUCAAUUUCUCUUGGGACUCACCAUCGCCCCAACGAUUUUCUUUACCCUGGUAAAAGUAAUAUAUAUGAAAAAAAACUUCGAUUUCACGAAACCUUGUUAUAGUGAACAAAUUUUGCCAGUCCCUUAGCCCUUCGUUAUAUCGACUCGAGGUUCCGCUGUACACGGGGAGUCAGUAGAAGCUGUUGACUGUCUAAUAUUAAGGCCGAUACACACGAGGGGUUUUGCUCCCGGAGCAUGCUCCAGGCUCAUUUCGCACGUGUCAGUACACAUGAGGGAGCGUUUUCAAGUUCGCUCAAUUUGCCCUGGGAGCUUGCUCCCAAAUACUUAACCUGUUAAAUAUCGUGGAGCAUUUAACGGGGUGGAAAUUCUUUUCCCGAGGAUGAAGAACACCCAUGAAAUCGUUGGUACACACGGAGGAGCUUUGCUCCCGGAGCGUGCCCCUGGAGCAUGCUCCGGGAGCACAAUCCCUCGUGUGUAUCGGCCUUUAAUUUGCAUGACUCACUUGUUGUAGGUCGGUGCUACCAAAGUUGUAUUCGCGUAUCAUUCUGAAGACCCAGUAUCAACAACAGAAAUGAAACAUCACGAAUUCAGAGGCACUAAAACCAUCUUACUGCUGAACAGUAUGGAUAAAAGAAACAUUAAAGAGGAUGGAUGGAAGAAGUUCACUUUGACUGCAAGAAAUGUAAGAAAUAGUCAAAAUGGCCGCUUUUGAUGAAUUACACGUUUGCGGCGGAGCUACUCCUCUUCCCUUCAUUUGGGCAUUCGAAAAUGCCACCAUAUCAAUGUGUUUUAAGACACAAGAGGGCCAUUUAUACGUGGAAAAAUUAGACGCUAACGGUACAAUGUGCAUGUUUUACGUAAGACAAAAACAGCUCGUAUAAAUGGAUCGCGUCUUAUUUCUGUCCGGGACUCGUUUUGAGGUGAAUGUUGCCCAUAGCAAUGGCAACCUAGCCUCAUUUUAAGUUAUUCGUAAGUUUUAUUGUAAGUUCAUGAUACGAAGAUAACAAUUUAAUUAUUUAUUAAUUGUGAUUGCAAGCGCUUUAAAAAGCUUCUACUUACACCAGCAGGUGUAACACAUUUGUCGAGGAGGUCCGCAAUUUGCUUUUCUUUGCACAGCUACAAAAAGGCCUUCGACAUUUCUAUUGCCUUUUGUCGGGGAGCUCAUAUUGAUUUCUUGAGCGAAGAGACAGGCUGAAAGUCGUAGAUGGCAGCCCAGGGAAACGAAAACGCGUUGAAAUUUGCUGUAAACAUUUUUUUCUAUGUCGGUCCGCGGCGGGGCACGCGAAAAUUUUCCCGCCAAAAAUUAAAGCAUGAGUACGAUCCGUUCGCGUCUUAAAUAAGACAAGAAGGUCAUUUGUACGAAGUUUUUCUCUUGUUAGCUCGUCUUUGCUAAAACGCGUCUUAUCUAAGAACACGUAUUCAGGGCUGUUUUUAGAUAAUAUAAGACGCGUCUUAUUUCAGGCGAAAUGUGCUAUUUAUACGGGAAGUUUUCGUCUUAUUUUUCUUCGUAUAAAUGUCUCUAAUAUUAUUUGUUAAGGAUAACGCUAAUUUUUGUUUUGUAUAGCCGAAAAUGCUGGUUUACUGAAGAACCUGAAGUCCUGAAGACUAUGCUAAAUGUUUUUCGUAGAAAAUCAUUGUAAUAUUUAUUAUUAUUUUUUCUAAGAUGACUAUUCCAGGAAACUAUUCAACAACCUAUUGGUGUACUCUUCUGAAAGGCCCAGAGCUGAAAUCAAAACACCACAUCACUAAGGUACUCGACUGCAAAGUAUCAGUUCAUAUAAACUUACGGACUUUACCACCACGGCGAAGAGGAAGGUGGGUGGGUGGAAAGGGGGAGGGGGCAGUGGCGCAAAAACAACAACAACAGACGUGUCAUUCGGAUAAUUCCUCUCUAGUGUGAAAACAGCCAGUCAUACAAAAUGACGUAUAAACCAACCUCGUUAGUUUCCAGUUACCCUCCUUCCUAAUGAGGUUGGUAGUCAGGACGAAAAUUGUUAUCUGUUGCAGUUGGAGUGCUGAAUGAUUUUUUUUACAGUUCUGUGGUAUAGAAUAUUGAUUUUAGUGGUUUGUUUAAGGUUGUUCCUUACAUUCAAAAAGGAAACGAAGGUUUUGUUCAUCACAUGAUCUUUUACGAAUGUGAUGGCAAUUUUACUGAGGACCACUUUGAUGAGGGAGUGGAUUGUGACAGUCGAGCCAAUAUGCCUUAUCAGAAGUGCAGAAGUUAUGCAAUGGUCGCUGCUUGGGCUGUGGGAGGGCAGGUAAGAUCUCUAAAUUACCUGAUUAAAUUAACGUGAUACAACUCACUUUGACUCUGAAGAUGACUACCGCACAGGUUGUCGAAACGUCAGUCACUGUCAACGACAACAGUUCUAUUCAGGACUACGCGUUUACCUGGACGAUUAAACUCAACCUACUUUUGAAAUGACUUCUGGGUUCAAAUCUUUCACAAAUUAACCUCUACUAGUCUAAUAUGUCCGUAACAGAAUAACGCCGUCGCUUAACCUAAACCAUUGAUCAGUUGAUACCAUAAAAAAGUGUAUGAUGCAUUAAGCAGGAGCGUGGCGACCGUGGCUCCCGUUGUUCAAACGUUGGAUUGCGCUAUCCACCGAAUAAAUCAAGUUUUAUGGAAACGAAUUGCGCUAUCCAGUGGAUACCAUUCAGUCAACCUUUUGAGCAACUGUCGGGGUCUGUACGGAGGUACGUAACUGGUUAAUGUCGAAUAUAUUUGAUAACAACAGAAAGAUAGAGGUUAUCUUCCCCCGUAAUCAUUGGUAUUCACAAAGGAAAUUGGGAUUACUGUCGCCACUGGUUGCUUGCAAGUUUGUAGGAAAUCUUUGUACAGCUAUCGACAGCUGCUAGUCGACCACCCUCGAUCGAGGAAAACUUACAGUCAAACCACUAAAACGUCUAGCUACGCUCCUAUAUUGACUUGUCAAGUGAAUUUAGAGCGGAUUCUCGAAAGGAAAAAGUUGGGUGACAAGCAAUCCGUGCGUCUUAUUAUCCAUUUUCUUCAUUCAACUAUCUGUUUUCAAUUCCUUUUGUUUCGAUCUUUUAGGCUUUUUACUAUCCGGAGCACGUAGGUUUAGCGAUUGGAGCAAGCGACUCGCCCAAGUACUUCCUGCUAGAAACGCAUUAUGACAAUCCAAGUCUCACUAAAGGUCGGUUUAUAUUUCUAAUAAUUUUCUAUUUUAAUUAAGGCGUUGCCUUAGGUUUGCCCGUUCUUCCUAUACGUAUAACGUUACCUUACGUGUAGUAAAAAAAGAGCAGAUAAGGAGAAUAAACCGGUGCCGCAGCACAAGAUUUGAUCUUGUUAACUUUUAGACAAUUUAUCUUUUUAAGUCUGGCUAAGCAUUAUUCUUUUAACUAUUGAUGUGAAGAAUUUAAUUGUUUAAGAUCGGUAAUGAAGAAUUGGUCAUUAUUUACUACAGGGGCUAGCCAACAGAUCGCAUUAGCCCCGCUACAAAUAACGAACGGCCCCCUAGUAAGUUCUGCACAAAAAAGGCAACCACUCACUCCAUAUAUACGUUGGAAUAUAAACGUAUGAAUAUAAACGAUCGAUGACAGACCUUAUGAUGGUAAAUAUUGUCUUUAAUCAGGCCAAAAAGACAGCUCAGGUCUCACUUUCUACUACACCGACAAGUUGCGAAAAUAUGACGCCGGGAUUGCAGCUGUUGGUGUUGGAGUGAAUAGCUGGCACAUUAUUCCUCCUAAACAGAAGAACUGGCUUUCAGUUGGAUACUGCAUGCACCAGUGCACAGAGGUUAGUUUAAAAGAGGAUCUACAUGCAUACUGAUCGGUGUUAGUAUUAAAAGUCAAACGACGAACAGAAGUAACGUAUCAGGAACAGAUGCAGUUGAAGGACGUGCUAUGUUAUAAGGGCUAUCGAUCUUGAUGGGCCUAGUGAGUCCAGCAACGUCCUGAGCUCUAGGAGUGACAGCAGCGAAAAAAAAAAGCAUUAAGGAGACACGAAAACAGUUGAGCAGUAGUACCAGGAAAAGAAACAGAAAAAUGAAAGAACUGACUAUUGGGCCAGUUAUUAAACGGAGUUUCUCCAGUGUUUUUAACAAAACCGCGUUCUACGCCAUUUUCAGCAUGUAUUGCCGAACGCUUUCAUGAUCAUGUAAACGCCAUUUUUCGUGAACAGUUUCAUGAAAGCAUAUGGCAUAGACUUGAAAAGCAUUUUUCUUCUUUGAAUAACGCACUAAGAAGAUAUCUGGUGGUCCGAAGAUUUCCUAAACCACGGUCUAAGUUCAACUUCGUUUAAAUAACCGACCUAAUGGGUUUUGGAAGCGGAUCAUCUGUGAUCUGGCACGAGGCUGGAUAAAAUGUAGGAGAGGUAUACUUUUCGUAUUCUGCAUUCACCGGGAAUGUAUAUGUGUCAUUUACUGUUUCAGUCUAUGUUCAAGAAUCAGGGAUUACCUGAAGGAGGAGGAAUCAACGUAUUUGCCGGCGUACUACACACCCACUUGGCAGGUAAUCUGCAGUUGAUUUAAUGCGUGCAUUUCUCAGAAUUGUUCACCCGAGCUAGUUUCUUAAUUAACUAUAUAUGUACACAAUAUGAAACAAAACUUAACACAACCCCAAUGUAUAGUGAGGACUUCAAUUUUCUUGGCAGUUAGGGCCUGUUUAUAUCAGAUGAGCCAGCCCGGCUGUCAGUCAGCCCGGGUAGCCAGUUUGCCUUAACCUAGACCUUCGCGUGGCUCGGACGGGAGUCCCGUCUUUAGCAAGACGCUUAAAUACAGUCUUAUAUUUUUUCGUGCUAAAUACAUUGACAAUUAAAGUGUUUUUUCUUCGUUAGGACGCGCUACGUGGACGAAACAUAUUCGCAACGGAAAAGAACUUCCCGAGAUUGCUCGGGAUAAUCAUUACGACUUUAAUUUUCAGGUAUAAGAUUUUGCUGUAAAUAAAACUCUUUAGACUUCCAUGAUAAUUAAAAUCAUAUAGUUAUGCUGAACGAUUAAGAGUAACCCGUAUUGUUUUCAGGACACACAAGUUUUCAGAAAAGAAAUCAACAUUCAGCCGGUGAGUAAUGAAAAACGAGAAACAAACCAAUUUGUAUCUUGUGUAGUUUGCUGGUGUACAUAGGUUUACCGAUUCAUGUGCUUUCUCGAUUAAUCCUUGAACAUGGGGAUUACCUAUUCCCUUAAACUGUGUUUUCUUAUUUCACGCCGCCUAUACGUUUCGGGUCACGUGGCCCGAGUGAGUUCCCCUGCCUUUCCUCUUGGCUUACGUCCCCGAAAUGCAUUGACCAAACGACCGUACAAGGACUAGGCAGGGAUGAGGGUAGAUUUCUUAGUUAGCGAGGGUAGAUUUCGUAGUUAGCCCUCUCCUCUCAGGUUACUGAAAAUAACAACAACUAAGCCGAUUUAUUGUCGUUGAAGUAUAGUCAGAAAACAAAGGCGCGAUUCUGUCCAUCCUAGGUGUUGAUCCUUUUUUAAGUUUAGAAAUGCAACCAUUUGAUUUGUUUACAAUCUUGAUAGCUUAUGCUAAUAUUAGAACCUGCUAAAGUAGUUGCUUCCAUGUGGCUUCUUUUAUUUUCGUCGUGCUGUUAUUACGGGUUUGAUAAAGCUGGAAAAGAGGGAUGUUGUAUAAACCAAUCAAUUUAAAUGAUAACAUUUAGAAACAAAGUCUGUAUUCAACAGUUUUAAAAGGGUGAUUUUGAUUAAUCGCUUCUUAUACUGACAGGACCCUUAAAUUUCAACCCUGUAUAUUGUUUAGGGAGAUGACCUUGUUCACUACUGUAAAUACGAUUCCAUGGACAGAAAUAAACUGAUCCAGGUGAGUAUUUUGCAUUACGUUACUAAUCACCAGCUUCGUCGAUCUAACUUUACACAGUUGUACAUGUGUAUUCAAUUUCCUAAAACGCAGCUCUUGCGAGUCGUGAUCAGUUUUACCUUCUACGACUGACAUGAUCACUUAGGCAUUUCAUAGUACAGUCAUAGAUCUCAAAAGUGACCACCGCGGUAGUCCAUAAAAUUAAUUGCAACUGGAGCUGGUCGGUUACGAGAAUUCAUGGCUCUCGUACUGAGAGCGGCCACGUGCUAAACUUAUAGCAGAAAGGUAAUUGCAUUUGCCAUAUUUUGAUUAUUGCCAAUACAUCAUCCAGCCAAAAUAAAAUUAGCAUCUUCUUAGUCUUACUUAACACAUUCAAUGUUAAAAAAAAAAAAAACAUCAGCAGGGCUUUUACUCCCAAGAAGUUACUCGGAGUGAUGGCGUUUUUUUACGAGAAGUUAAUAACAAACGACCAAAAGUGUUCGCAGAUACUCAUGGGAGCAGUCAGUCGCUUUUAAAAAGAGCUUUUCGUUACAGUGCUCAAGUCACAGUUAAACCAAAGUUUUACAGUGCUGAGCUGAUCGCUUACGAGAGUGAAAGUAAGGAAAGCGUCCAAUGUACUUAGCUACAUCUGCAUGCAGUUUUCUUUCAGAUAUUGUUCUUAUUUUAACCAUAUGCACCUUUUCUUACAUUUCUCUGUCGUGCUAACAGUUUACGAUCGUACAAAAUUACCUGUGUAUUCGAUCAGCAUUGUACUAUACAUCCAGGCGUAGCUAAAUUAAUCCGGCGAUGGAUUAAAUCAAUCGAUGUAAUUGAUAUUAAUCGAUAUAAUCCUCCGAUUUUGUUAUCGAAUGAUAUCGGAAUCAAUAAACUGGAAUCGAAGUCACAGAAAAAAUAACAUCGAUUUUUAUCCAUUAAACAAAUCGAUAGUAAUUGAUAGUAAUCGAUAACAAGCAAUAAUCUUGAUGAAUAUAUGGUUCAGAUAUUCUGAAUAUGACGAUGCUAUUUGGCAAACAAUACCGACAAUACCGGCUUUACCUUAACACAUUUUAUAAUUCAUUGACUUCAGCAACCACUUCAAACCUGGUCUUGUUCGCGUUCCAUAUAUUGUUUCUUGGGCUUUAAUAGAUUCAGUCAGAUGCCCAUUCAAUCCAGCGCCAUAAAUUGACUGGAUCUUGCAUCUUGUAAUCUCGCUCAGUUUGGAAUCCAAUUCAAUGUAUCUGAAUUAAAAGAACUGCAUUCUCUCACGACUGAAUGACUCAACAAUAUCGUACAGACAACAUUAUGUUAAUGUUGAACUUACUUUUCCGAUAAUAAUAUAAAGUAAUCGAAAACAAUUAUUCUUAUCGACUGGCAAUCGAUAUCAAUCGAAGUCACAACCUUUUUAUGUUAUCGUUUUCUAUCGAUUGAUAUCAGAAAUCGAUAUCCAUAGAAAAGAUUGAUAUCGAUUACUAACGAUUGUUAUCGAUUAUUGGUUUAUCGAGUAACGACACCUGGUAUACAUACACAUAAUGUUGUGGGUUUUGCCGUGUAUAAGGUAUCUGUGAUUCACCUGGAGUCAUGAAUAUAACGAAUGACUGGUUAGAAUCACUCCACCAUCAGAUUGCCUCAUUUGAUUAUUAUUUUAAGUAACAUUUUAGCAUUAUUCAAUUGUAAAACAUGUAUUUCGAUUUACUUUUCUCAAACAAAUUAUACGUGAUGCACGCUCUAAUAAGCCACUUUUAAAACUUUUGAACAGAACACGAACUUUGACAUUUUUUUCAGGGAGGCGAAGCAACGAGAGAUGAAAUGUGCUUGGACUUCUUGUUUUACUAUCCGAAUAUUAAAGAAUUCCAGUUCUGUCAAAAUUGGUUUUAUGAACCAUCGUUUAAGUUCAUCAAAAAGUACUUGUAAGUAUGUGUCCAUUCUGUCAUUUCUCACCCUCAUAAUCUAUAUCCAGUAUUGUAUACUUUCUUAGGAUCAGUCCUGCCUCUUAUUUUAUUUGCUAAAUGUAACGCAUCGCUGCACAAAUUGACCUUUAAAUACUUCUAGUACUACUACUACUACUACUGUUACUACUACUACUACUACUACUACUACUACUACUACUACUACUACUACUACUACUACUACUACUACUACUACUACUACUACUACUACUACUACUACUACUACUACUACUACUACUACUAAUGAUAAUAAUAACGAUAAUGAUAACUUUAAUGGUAAUGUUAAUGAUAAUGAUAAUGAUAUUUUAAUGGUAAUGAUAAUAAUAAUGAUAAUGAUAAUUUUAAUGGUUAUGUUAAUGAUAAUGAUAAUUUUAAUGGUAAUGUUAAUGAUAAUGAUAAUGAUAAUUUUAAUGGUUAUGUUAAUGAUAAUGAUAAUGAUAUUUUAAUGGUAAUGUUAAUGAUAAUGAUAAUGAUAUUUUAAUGGUAAUGUUAAUGAUAAUGAUAAUGAUAAUUUUAAUGGUUAUGUUAAUGAUAAUGAUAAUGAUAAUUUUAAUGGUAAUGAUAAUAAUAAUGAUAAUGAUAAUUUUAAUGGUUAUGUUAAUGAUAAUGAUAAUGAUAAUUUUAAUGGUUAUGUUAAUGAUAAUGAUAAUGAUAAUUUUAAUGGUAAUGUUAACGAUAAUGAUAAUGAUAAUUUUAAUGGUUAUGUUAAUGAUAAUGAUAAUGAUAUUUUAAUGGUAAUGAUAAUGAUAAUGAUAAUGAUAAUGAUAAUGGUUAUGUUAAUGAUAAUGAUAAUGAUAAUUUUAAUGGUAAUGUUAAUGAUAAUGAUAAUGAUAAUUUUAAUGGUAAUGUUAAUGAUAAUGAUAAUGAUAUUUUAAUGAUAAUAAUAACGAUAAUGGUAAUUUUAAUGGUAAUGAUAAUAAUAAUGAUAAUGGAAUGAUAAUGAUAAUGAUAAUAAUGAUAACUAUAACUAUAGGCGCAUAUGAAAACUGUAUAGUUGAAUUGGCGCGGUAUAAAUAAAUGUUAUUAUUAUUAUUAUAAUAAUAAUGAUAAGAAAGGUUAAGUGUCACCUUUAGUCUAAAACGUUGUCUUCUGCACAUGUCCGGACUAAGAAGACUGCAGUUUAGCUUUAGGAACAAAAGGAGCGUUAAGUGCGGUUUGUUAAUAACGUCGGUUUACAACCGUCCUUUCUUUGGACGAAUGGUGACAAGAUAAACUGCUCGAAUAGCAUCAAGCAGUCUUUAGCUUCUUCGUCAAACUCUCUAGGGACGAAUGGGUGAGACGGGAUCUUACCAUAGUCAUUUUCAGGAGCCCAUUUUUAUUUUUUCGUACUUUUUUCAGCCCUAAUGUGAAUGUCACAGGCCGUUUUUGGAAUCCUCUUGUCAACAUGGAAAUUCAAUGGACGGAUGAAAUGGCCAAUGAUUUUCGAAAGUACCUUAGCGAGGUUGAAACUUUGAUACCUAGAUGUUGGUUGAGAAACUUAACUUCAGUGGCGGUGAGAUUUUAUUAGAAAUUACCAAUAAUCCUGUACGGUCAUGAGAUAGAGGCAUGCGUCAGACAUGAGUGGUUCAACUCCUACGUCAACCCUCAUUUUACUUAGAAUUAGAUAUUCCGUUCAACACCAAAAAUGAAAACUUCUUUUUGAGCAAGGGACGGUGAAUUUUAAAAACACUUUCUUAGUGGUAAUUGCAACAUAUUCCAUUCAUGUUAUAUUUUUUUAGGGUUGGGAUGGGGGGUGGGUGAGUAGGCUUAGAAUACAGCUGUCUUGAAGCCACAAACGGUUUCCACGCGAAAUGACUCCUGAGGAAAGAGCGCAGAAAUUCCAUACUGAAGAUGUGAUACUACCCUUAUAUGGGUAGUGCUUCUGAUUGAAUGACAAUUUGCUUCAACCGAUCAGAAGCACUGCUGACACGUCAUUGGCAUGGGCUUUUUCUGAAGUGGUUUCUCAGACAUCAUUUCGCGGAACGUUUGAUGGCGUCCCGAAAUGACGGCGGAUUUUCUCAGGCCAUGGAGGGAGAAGGGGUAAAUAAUGUUAGGGAGUCUAUAUGUAGACUGCCAUGAAUUACUUGCCAUAAUAAUGACAGGUCUCUGGUCUUUUUCAACAUUCCCUCGCGAUCGUGGGAUGUCUUUAUUGGGUCAUAUUUCUGUUGACUGUGCAUGUUAUGUUUUUCCUAUUGCAUAUACCCUGAUUGUGGUUGGUUGCUUAUCAAAUACUUUAAGGCUACAGGGAGGCGCUUAUUUGAAACUCGGGAUUAAUUCUAUCAUUUCCGGUAUUAGAUAAUUCCUCAAAAAAAUUCAUGGUAAAUUACCUCGUCUUGUUUUACAGGACAUAAAGAAUCCAAAGUUCAGGGUUCCUGUCGCGAAAAUCACAGAACCACUGCCUCCUCAAAAGACGUGUCCUACUCCGCCGGUAUCUGUAGCUGACGUGACUGCGUCCCGCGCUCUUUUUGUUGCGGUCCUUUGUAUUGUGAUUCAAGCCUUAUACUGAUCUAAGUCAUCUUAGUACAGAAAGAGAGAAAAAAACUAACAAACAAACAAACAAACCUCAUAUUCAAGUGUAUCAUCGUAUGCCUAUUAUUCAAGAUACAUAUCACUGAAACUUUUGUUGACGAGACUGAACGUAUUGCAAAUUCGUUCCCGCUACUUUUAUACAUACUUACAGUGAUUCAUUUUUCAAAAACCAGGAUUUGAGUUGCAAUAUCAAGCGCAGUUUGGGUUUUAAGUUUGAAUUUGCUUUUUUAUAUCUGCGUCGGAAAAGAAUUUCAGGCGAACUCUAGUUCCUUUAAAAAAUCUGUAAACUGGAUUUCAAAUCUUGAUCUCCGUAUAUCUCUGUCGCUAACACCUUUUGUGUUUUCAGCUUUUGGUACGUUCAAAUAAAUGAUUGCCU